CGGCUCAUUGUCGUCGCAAACCGGCUGCCGGUGACGCCCGUCAAGAACGCCAACGGCGAGUGGGAGCUCAAGCGCUCCUCGGGAGGCCUCGUCUCGGCCUUCCUGGGCGAACCUGCUCCUCGCUCUGGUAGUGGUAGAGUGGGCGGGCGGAGGGCGUGCGCUGAGCUCUCGGGGCCGUCCGUGGUAGGCGUGCGGGACUUUUCGAUCACGUGGGUUGGGUGGGUUGGGGUGGCGGACGCCUACUACAACAGCUUAUCAACCAAUGUGCUCUGGGCGCUGCUCCACAACAUCCCCCUCUCGAUGCUCUAUUCGCACGGCGACGCGGCGGAGCGCCAGUGGUCGUGCUACCAGGCGGCAUCCACCCUGCCCUACCCCACGGUACCAGAACCCACCCUCCCAUACCACACGCUGGACACGGUGUGGGUGCAAGACUACCACCUGAUGCUGCUGCCACAGUACCUCCGCGACGCCUCGCCAAGCCUCUCCAUCGGCUGGUUCCUGCACACGCCGUUUGUGAUUGCCGACAUGUACCUGACUCUGCCACACCGCGAGGAGAUCCUGCGCGGCGUGCUCGGCGCCGGCCUGUGCGGCGCCGCACACAGGCCUACGAGCCCCUGCGACUGCGCCGACUUGUGCGGCUUCCACAUCUACGAGUACGCGCAGCACUUCACGUCGGCCUGCGGGCAGGUGCUCGGCAUCGGAGGGAACACGGGCGUGACGCAGGGCCCCGACGGCUUGUUCGAUCACGCCUCGCGCCGCUCCGUCGCCAUCGACACUUUCCCGAUCGGCAUCGACCCCGCGCCGUUUGAGCGGGCGCUCGACUCGUCGGCCGUCAAGGACAAGAUCAUCGACCUGCAGCGCCGCUUCGACGGCAAGAAGGUGUUGCUCGGCAUCGACCGGCUCGACUACGUCAAGGGGAUCCCGCACAAGCUAAAGGCGCUCGAGUACUUUCUCGGAAACUACCCCGCGUGGCGCGGCAAGGUCGUGCUCGUGCAGAUCGCCGUCCCGUCCCGCACCGAGGUAGCCGGCUACCAAAAGCUGCGCGCAAACGUGCACCGCCUCGUGUCGCGGAUCAACGGCACCUUUGGCACGCUCGAGUACGUGCCGAUCCACUACCUCGACCAGUCGAUGAAGUUCCCCGAGCUGUGCGCGCUCUACUACCGCGCCGACUCGAUGGUGGUCACCUCGCUCCGCGACGGCAUGAACCUCGUCUCCUUCGAGUACCUCGCCUGCCAGACCUCCAAGAACGCCAAGGGCGUGCUGGUGCUCUCCGAGUUCGCCGGCGCCGCGCAGGCGCUCGGCGCGGGCGCCCUGCUGGUCAACCCGUACAACGUGGCCGAGGUGGCGCGCGCGAUCGACGAGUCACUGAACAUGCCCGCGUCGGAGCGCGAGGAGCGGUUCGAGUACCUGGACAAGCACAUUCACGGCCACACGGCGCAGGAGCGCCCCCCCCCCCCCCCCCGCGCACUGGAUGCUGCAGCGCCAUCUCCACAUGCGGAGCAGCAGCAUCCCACAAGCAGCCUCUCGCACGCCUCUCAGGAGUGGGCGGAGCAGUUCCGGUCGGCGGGGCAGCGGCUGCUCAUUUUCGGACUGCUCGGCGCUCUCAGCGACGGCGAGUCGUCCGUGCGUCGCAACCUCGCCGCCCUCGCCGCCUCGCCUCACAACACGCUCGUCGUGCUCUCGGGCCGCGAACGCGCACUGCUCAACGAGUGGCUCGGAGACCUGCCCAUCUGGCUCGUCGCUGAGAACGGCCUCUGGAUCCGCCCCCCCCCGGGGUGGGAGAGCGGCGGCGGCGGCGGCGGCGGCGCCGCCGCGAGCGGCUCGGCCGCGUCGCUGCCGGCGUCGACUUGGGAGAUGGUGGCGGAAGGUGUCGACGACUCGUGGAUGGCGUCUCUCAAGCCCAUCUUCAAGUACUUUGAGGCGCGCCACGCCCCCCCACGUCGCCCCCCACACCUCCCCAUACCUCCCCAAAAAAAAACAUUCUUUUUCCUCCCCCCCCCCCCAAAUUUUUAUAUUUUUUUUUAA